AUGGCGCUUAUGCACUCUCCCCGCGUUGUGGGGCUGCCCUCCCCGCCGUUGGAUCCCCGCCAGAGUGGGGCGGGCAAGUCGGGGGCGGAUGCUCAUGGCGAUGAAGGCCUGUUUACCUGCCCGGCGGAGCUGGUGUGCCCUCUUACCCUCAGCCCGUUCAUCGACCCCGUGCUCACCACAGCUGGCCAUGUGUACGAGCGCGCCGCUAUCCAGGCGCACCUGGAGCGCAGCUCCACCGACCCCCUCACUCGGGCAGUGCUGCUGAACAAGUCGUUAACACCGGUGUUCGUGCUGCGGUCGAGGGCACUUGAGUAUCGCGAGUCGGUGGCACGCGAUUGCAUUUCUCGCGUUUGCAGUGGGGCCUCCGAGCCCAUGCGCUACCUGCGCCGCGCGGUGGAGCUGAUUGCAGACACCGGCAGCCACGUGCAGGGUCUCUCGAAAGAGACUGUCGAGUAUGUGCUUGGUCACCCAAGCAAUGCAUUCGAUAGAAUCGCACUGCAGCUCUUUGCACAGGGCCUUUUCCAAGCGGGGUAUCGUGACCGCGCGGCCACCAUCUGGAGCUCGCUGCUGCUGGAGGAUGCGGACCGCGGGCAGCAGGCGGAGCUGCUCAGGCGCUGCCUAAGCUGCUGGACCGAGGAGCCCAGCGGGGUGGGGAGGGGCGGCGACGACAAUUACAUCUUUCAGAAGCUGGUUUUGCUGUUUGAGGGGCGCAGCCUGAAUUGGGAUCAGCUGGUAGAGCUGGCAGAGCAAGCCCAGCUUGGCGACCAGUUUGUGUUACGGCUGUGUGAGCAACUGCUUUUUCGGCAAGGGCCAAAUGCGGCCCUGCUGGCACCUGACGGGGCCGCAAAUUUGGCAGAAACCGGUUUCAGUGUUAGGCACCAGGAGAAGCGGCUGCUUCUGAAGUAUGUGCACGUACUGACGGACAGCCUGCAGCGGCGGCAGAGCGAGGUGGAGCGGCGGCUGCAAGAGAUUGAGCGCUGGCUACGGAGGCGCAGCAGCGGCAGCAAGAGCAGCGGCACCCUCUUUGAUGAUGGCGGCAGCCCGCGCAAUGGUGCCACUGGCUUUGGCCUGCAGAUGCCGGGCUGGCUGCGACACCCUGCGCUGGUUGGCAGCUGCAUGCUCCUCACCAUCUCGGUGCCGCCAGACCAUGCAGCAAACCGCAUACUCAAGGCAGUGCCCUAUCUGGCGCUGCUGCGCACUCCGUAG